AAUUAACCCAAACCCCCAUGGGUAUGGGUUUAGUGUUAUUCUCUCUGUUUUUGUUGUUUUUACAACACACAAAAGGCGAGGAUUUCAAUGCCAUAAAUAACAAUGCCAACAACAGAAGCAGAAUCUUAGCUACAAGCUGCAACUGGUUCAGAGGGAAAUGGGUUUACGACCCUUCGUAUCCUCUCUACGACCCUUUCAAAUGCCCCUUCAUCGAGGCCGAAUUCGAUUGCCAAAAAUAUGGCCGACCCGAUUCCAAUUAUCUCAAGUACCGAUGGCAGCCAUUCUCCUGCAGUCUCCCCAGGUUCAAUGGGCUGUAUUUCUUGAGGAAAUGGAGGGGGAAGAAGAUCAUGUUCGUGGGCGACUCACUGAGUCUGAAUCAAUUCCAGUCUUUGACGUGUAUGAUUCAGGCCUGGGUUCCUAAUUCCCAGAUUUCGUACAUCAAACGAGAUGGUCUUACAUCGGUUAGCUUUCUGGAUUACGAUGUGAAGAUAUUCUUGUAUAGAACUCCAUACCUUGUUGACGUAGUGAACGAGAGAUUUGGAAGACUGUUGAAGCUUGACUCGAUCAGGGGUGGAGAUUCAUGGAAAGGGAUGGACAUGCUGAUCUUCAACACCUGGCACUGGUGGACCCACACCGGAAGAUCCCAGCCAUUUGAUUACAUAGAAGACGGUGGUAAAACGUGGAAAGACAUGAACCGUAUGAUUGCAUAUUACAAAGGAUUAACAACGUGGGCCAGAUGGGUGAAUCGCAACGUUGAUCCUUUCAAAACCAAGGUCUUUUUCCAAGGCAUUUCUCCUACCCAUUAUGAGGGGAAGGACUGGAACCAACCAACACAAUCAUGUACGGGACAGACGCAACCAUUCUUCGGAAUGAAAUAUCCAGCAGGCACGCCUAUGGCAUGGGUUGUAGUGAAGAAGGUCCUUAGUCGGAUCAAGAAACCAGUGUAUUUGCUCGACGUUACUGGACUCUCUCAGUAUCGAAAAGACGCACAUCCGGCCACAUAUAGCGGCCUACACAACGGUAACGACUGUAGCCAUUGGUGCCUUCCGGGUUUGCCAGAUACUUGGAACCAUAUAUUAUAUGCAAAACUCUUCAGUUAAGAACUCAAUGGAAGCUUCUUUGGAGAAAAUUAGGUUUAGGAGAGGUAUAAUUGACUGAUUUUGUAAGGAAAACCAUUUGUUUUCUUUCGACCCUAACGAACUUCCAUUUCUCUGAUUUAUGGUGUGGGGCAAUAAGAGAAAAUUAAUCACAACUGUAAAUUUUAAUUUGUUUGUUUUAGUGGAAAGUUGAACAAAUCUUAUCAGCCCAUGUUGUAAUUUUCUUGUUCUUCUUUAAGUCAAUUACAUUUGUGCGUCAUUUAUAAAAAUAAAUACUCUGAUUUUGUCGCA